AUUUCCCAUUAGUAACCGCUAACGACCCUAGUUAGUCACUUGUGUCACUGCUGUACUGCUGAUUUCACUGCCACCCAGCACCGUUCUCCAAAAGCUCCAUACCACUCCGGAGCAGAAAUGCCAAUUUCUUUUACCCACUGUAGCGUUAAAACGCCAUACCAGCUAUUUAGCUUCACUACCCCCAAAUUAUCCAGCUCCUCGGCGGCGGCCCCUCUCGCUAAUACCCUGAAAUUCUUCAAUCCCGCCACUGCAUCUCUUCAAAUUCCAGCCUCAUCAAUCUCUGCUAAUGACAGGAGUUCGUUUAAAGUGUGGGUGUAUGGCGAAGAGUCGUGUUUCAAGUGUAAUUCUCCUGAAGAAGAAGCAGAAAUAGAAGAAGAAGAAUGGAAGAGAUGCGAUGAUGGGCAGCAACUGACUUGCGUGAUGAAAUUCGGCGGGUCGUCGGUUGCUUCUGCUAAGCGGAUGCUGGAGGUUGCUGAUUUGAUUCUUGCAUUUCCAGAGGAAAGGCCAGUUAUUGUUCUCUCUGCUAUGGGAAAGACUACCAAUAAUUUACUGUUUGCAGGAGAGAAGGCUUUGAGUUGUGGUGUAUCAAAUGUAUCAGAAAUUGAAGAGCUUACCACUGUAAAGGAACUUCACCUCAGGACGGUACAAGAACUAGGACUGGAUGUUUCUAUUAUUUCUGAACAUUUGGAACAAUUGGACCAUCUUCUGAAUGGAAUAGCUAUGGUGAAAGAGCUCACUCUUCGCACCAAAGACAAGCUAGUGUCUUUCGGAGAGCGCUUGUCCACCCGGAUAUUUGCUGCUUAUUUGAAUAGUAUUGGGGCCAAAGCACAGCAAUAUGAUGCAUUUGACAUUGGAUUUAUUACAACAGAUGACUUCACAAGUGCAGAUAUCUUAGAUGCUACUUAUCCUGCAGUUGCUAGGAGAUUGUACAGAGCUUGGGUCAAAGAUCAUGCAAUUCCUGUUGUUACUGGCUUCCUUGGAAAGGGAUGUAAAUCAGGCGAAAUUACAACUCUAGGUAGGGGUGGCAGUGACUUGACAGCUACAACACUUGGGAGAGCUUUGGAAUUGCGGGAGAUUCAGGUUUGGAAAGACGUCGAUGGCGUUCUAACUUGUGAUCCAACUAUUCAUCCAUGUGCAAAGCCUGUGCCUCAUCUGACCUUCGAGGAGGCUACUGAGCUUGCAUACUUUGGAGCUCAGGUUCUGCAUCCUCAAUCUAUGAGGCCAGCUAGGGAGGGUGAUAUCCCCGUCAGGGUUAAAAAUUCAUAUAAUCCAAGAGCUCCCGGUACCAUCAUAACUAAAUGCAGAGAAAUGAGCCAGGUGUUACUGACCAGUAUAGUCUUGAAGCAGAAUGUCACCAUGUUAGAUAUAGUUAGUACCCGAAUGCUUGGUCAAUUUGGCUUCCUUGCAAAGGUUUUUUCAAUAUUUGAAGAGAUGGGGAUUUCUGUUGACGUUGUUGCAACAAGUGAAGUCAGUAUAUCCGUGACACUGGACCCUUCAAAAAUUUGGAGCAGAGAACUCAUUCAGCAGGAACUUGAUCAUGUGGUUGAAGAGCUGGGAAAAUUUGCAGUGGUAAACCUGUUGCCGAACAAAUCCAUCAUCUCCCUUAUUGGAAAUGUCCAAUAUUCUUCUUUGAUAUUGGAGAAGGCUUUCAGGGUGUUCCGGACAAAUGAUGUUAAUGUGCAGAUGAUCUCACAAGGAGCAUCAAAGGUAAAUAUAUCAUUGAUUGUAAAUGACAGUGAAGCAGAGAAGUGUGUCAAGGCACUUCAUUAUUCUUUCUUUGAGAGUGAGGAAUCUGGAAUAGGCAUGGAUGCAACUGUUAGCAACGGGAAAGUGAUUCAAUUGCCUGUGAAGAGAUAAUUUUGCCCCCACCAUAUGUUAGUAUUCUUUACUCAUUGCUAAUGAUUGUGGCUUAGUGUUUUAGAAAUUGUAAUGUUGUAUUGUCCACUAUUAAAGUUGUAUUGACCACGAUUAAUGUUGUUGAACUUGAUUAUAAACCCCAAUCAUUUUAUAGAGGUUCCAGGAGUGGAGGAAAAUGGAGUGAACUUUCAUUGGGGGUAUUCAAUUUAUUUUCUCCCAUAGAGAUCAAAAACAAUUUUCAUUUCUAGUUAUGCACUUUUCAUUCUCC